ACCUUCCCAUUCCAUUCUUUAAAUGAAAGAACAAAAAUCGAACUAAUGCUAGAUGGUGUUCUUAAUCGAUGAACACACACACACACACACUAUCUGUUUAACGAGUCAUUUGCUUGUUCUAGAAACUAGAUAGGGUGGGUGUCCGUUUUCUUUCUUUAACUUUUCGAUUAUGCCUUUUGGUUUGUUAAACGUGAAUCUUUCAAUUGUCCCGUUUCGCUAUGGAGCAUAUGAAACAUCCCUUCCCUUCAUCGGGUUAUGUCGACAAUCAACGACAGUAUGCGCUCCAAGUCCUGCAUAAAUAUCCACACAACUCACCCAAUUCACUAGAACAAACAGCAAAUCAUAAGUUUCACUUUUAAUGGCGAUUGAGAUCUGUUGCAAAGCCGCUGUCGGUGCUCCUGAUAUUCUUGGAGACUGUCCAUUUUGUCAAAAGGUUCUUUUGACACUGGAAGAGAAGAAGGUCACCUACACAACCCGUCUUAUUAAUCUGGACAGCAAACCCGAAUGGUUUCUUGAAGUGAAUCCAAAUGGGAAAGUUCCGUUGAUAAAAUUCGAUGACAAAUGGAUUUCUGAUUCUGAUGCUAUUGUGAGUCUGAUUGAAGAGAAGUUCCCUGAACCUUCACUUUCUUCUCCACCUGAACUCGCCUCUGUGGGAUCGGAGAUUUUCUCAAAUUUUGUGACAUUUUUAAAGAGCGAGGAUGGUAAUGAUGGAACAGAGCAAGCUUUGCUUGAUGAAUUGGAGGCAUUGGAAGAACACCUCAAGAAUCAUGGGCCUUAUGUGAAUGGAGAAAAGAUCACAGCCGUUGAUUUGAGUUUGGCACCAAAGCUUUACCACCUUGAGGUGGCUCUUCCUCAUUUCAAGAAGUGGACUAUUCCUGAAAGUUUGAUUCAUGUGCGUAACUACACAAAGUCUUUGUUUGCUUUGGAGUCGUUCGAGAAAACCAAAGCUGCUGAAGAAUAUGUGAUUGCUGGAUGGGUACCAAAGCUUAAUGCAUGAAGCCAUUCCAAGCUCUAGCUUUAAUAACUCCAUUUCUGCAGAUUUAAAUUAGUGGAUAUAUUUAAUAAAAAUCUGUGGUUUGUGAAUUGUCACCUGUCAUAAGUUUUGUGGGUUGGCCUUUAGGUGUGUUCGUUUGGAUGGAUCGGUUUGAUCCGAUCCAAUCAUGUG